GUUACACACACGAGCACUUACUUUAACCACAGCCUGCAAGUCACAAGCGCGCCAAGAUGCGCCUCGACAGCAAGCACGUGCCUGCAGGGCUCCUGCUUGGGGCCACAGCCUGCCUCGCAGAGGCUCUCCCGCCGCUGCCUUUGCUCGAGAAUAGCCCAGAGCUAGCCGCGCUCCAGGAACCGCUGCGCUUUGCUGGCCGCCCUGGUCAUGAUCGGCAGCAGCAGCAGCCGCUCUCACAGUCCCAGGAGCACUCGUUGAGCGGCAAGACGGGCGCUGUCGCCUGUGAGAGCAUGAUAUGCAGCCAGAUCGGAAUCGACCUGCUUGCUGCUGGCGGCAACGCGGUUGAUGCCUGGAUAGGCACACAGCUGUGCGUCGGCGUCAUCGGUAUGCACCACUCGGGCCUGGGCGGCGGCGGGUUUGCCGUCAUCCGCGACAGCGACGGAGGCCAUCACGUCAUUGACUACCGUGAGGCUGCCCCCGCCGCGGCGUUCGAGGACAUGUACUAUGGCAACGUCAACGGCAGCAUCUGGGGCGGGCUCGCUGCCGGCGUCCCGGGAGAGCUGCGAGGACUGGAGGCCGCACAUGUCAAGUUCGGCAAGCUGCCGUGGAGCAAGGUCGUGGAGCCUGCCGCCGCGGUCGCGAGGGACGGCUACCCCGUCACCGAGGACUUGGUGCGGUACAUGGCGGCCGGCGUGCAGUAUGCUGGGUACAACUUCCUUGUCGAGGACGAGUCGUGGGCGCAGGACUUUGCGCCCAAGGGCAGGGUGCUCGAGCUGGGCGAGACGAUGACACGCAAGAGAUACGCCGAGACGUUGCUCGAGGUGGCUCGCAAGGGGGCCGAUGUUUUCUACAAGGGCGACAUUGCCACGGAGAUGAUUGACAUUAUCCAGGCAUCCAACGGCACCAUGACGCUCGAGGAUCUGGCCAACUACGAGGCCAUCUUCCGGGAGCCGCUCAAGGUCACGUACAAGGACAAUUACCACCUGUUCACUUCGGGCGUGCCCAGCAGUGGCGCCGUGCUGCUCAACACCCUCAAGAUUAUUGAGGGUUAUGACGACCAUGUCAAUGCCAACACUACCCUGCAUCGCUUCAAUGAGGCCAUGCGCUUUGCUUAUGGCGCUCACCAGGUCCUUGGUGACCCUGCCUACCUGCACGACGUCGAUUCCUUUGAGGCUUCGAUGCUCGCCUCGUCCACUGCCGCCUCCAUCCGCGCGCGCAUUCUCGACAACUCCACACAACCCGUAUCACACUACCUUCCCGACGACGGGCUCGAGCACUAUUAUGCCACCGAAUCACAUGGCACCUCGCACGUCGUGGCGGCCGACAAGUCCGGAAUGGCGGUCUCCUCGACCACAACAGUGAACCUCCUGUUCGGCAACCUCCAGAUGACCCCCAAGUCCGGAAUCAUCCUCAACAACGAGAUGAACGAUUUCAGCAUCCCCGGACGCCGCAACGAGUUUGGCUACGCGCCCGCACCUGCAAACUAUAUCCGCCCUGGCAAGAGACCGCUGUCAUCCAUCACACCAGUCAUUGUCGAGGACAAAGCCACGGGUGCGUUGAUCGCGACGGUCGGCGCGGCCGGCGGGUCACGCAUCAUCAGCAGUACGACGCAGGUGGUGUGGCACCUGCUCGGAUCCGGGUACAGCCACGAGAGCAGCAGGCAUCCUCAAGCGGACCAGGAAGCUCAACAAAAAGGCAAGAAGUCGCCCGCUAGGAAAAUGACCAUGCUCGAGGCGAUCCACGAGCCGAGGCUGCAUGACCAGCUGAUGCCCGACUACACAAUGUUCGAGUGGGCGUUUGACAACGCCACGGUCGCAGACCUGGCCAGCCGCGGGCACAAUGUGCUCUGGGUGCGCGAGGGCCUGAGUGCGGUGCAGGGUAUUCGGAUCUUGGGAGCGGACGAAGGGCACGGGUUUGAGGCUGUGGGAGAGACCAGGCAGAAGAACAGUGCCGGGUUGACGUUGUAGAGUUAUACAGGCGUGAUGGUGACUUUUAGGGGACAUGAUGGUUAAGGGGGGACGUAUAUACAGCAGGGAGGCUGUUAGAUGGUAUUCAUCAAGUGGCAUACACAUAUAU